AUUAGCCAAUACUUCUCCGCACAAUUUCCUCUCUGAAAAUCGCAUUGAUGGUCUCCAAAAGUCGGUGAUGCCUCCCCUGUCCUCUCCUCCGAUAGCCCUUCCAGAGCAUACGUCUGAUCAGCGUCCUACUAAUGGAGGCAGACGUUGGAGCUCCCAGCCAACAUCGUGUCUCCACUGAAAUACCUACCCAACCGCAUAGCCGAGUGGCCAGCAGCGAUAAAGGAGAGGCCGAUGGCGUGCCUGAUACAGAGGGUCAAGCUGAACCCUCUGCUGAAGGGCCCGUGCUGCCGCCGAAGUCCGUAGAGAAUGAGCUUUUGGAAAAAAAUGAAGACUAUCAGCUCCUACUGAGUACAUUGACUGUGCUACGAAACCAGCUAACGCAGGCGGAAGAAGAUCUCACAAAACUUAUCAAUAUGAAAGAAGAGGCGCUACAAGAUCCUCUAUCUUUUGUGGAAAAAUUGAUGUCCAAGAACUUGGAUACUAUACCGAAACCUCAAAGAGUUGUCGCAGUUCCCCAUAUCGAUCUCUAUAAAUAUCAAGGCGAUACAGGCUCCACAUCAACCCGUUUUCCAAGAACACGAUCGUACUUCAGAAGCGACAUCUUUGACCGAUCCUUCUCUCCGGGUUGGGGAACACCUCUACCUGAUCUUGGACCAGUGGACGACUCUGAGAUUUCCUCAAGCCACGAGAUGGAGACGGAACAAGAAAACUCCAAAGGUACCCCGGAAGAACGGUCACACACUUUCAAUCAGCCGUGGUCAGAAGAAGAGCACACUCGGUUGAUGGAACUCCUUGAAGUAUAUCCUGAGGAGUCGAUCGCCACCCGCCGUUUUGAGAAGAUUUCUGCUGCGUUAGGAAGCAGGACCUCAAGACAGGUAGCGAGUCGUGUCCAGAAGCUGUUUGAACCGCGGAGUCGCACUUCUUCUGUAAAGAAGGCAUCUACCGCUAAGCCAACAACCACGCGCGUGUCGGGUACAUAUUACUCAAAUAGGUUCAGUGGAUCACGAUACUUGCAUACACCCACGGUUACCAUGUCCGACGACGAGGGUGAUGAUGAGGAUAUUGGCAUUCCGGUUCAUCCGGAACUCAAAUCAUCUGAGGAAUACAAGGAACUCCUAAGAUUACAGAAGUUGGCGAAGCUCAAGGCCAAUGUACCAUCUGCACACACUGCGGAUCCUGUGCAUUACGGAUACUCCUGUGAUAGAUGCCUGGCAGAGCCCAUUGUCGGAACUCGAUGGAAGUGCCUCGACUGUCCUGAAGAAAGCCAAGUCGAUCUAUGUGAUGAAUGCAUGGACAAAAAUUUCCAGAAUGAUCAUCACAGCGCUGACCAUCGCUUUGAGAAGAUAGCAACUCCAGAAGAAACUGAUAUGCAGGACGAUUAUGCAUAUCUUGGAUUUCGUAAAGUCGAAUAAGUUGUCAUGGGUGCAAGUUUCCAUGCAUUGUGUUGGUCUGAUUCAACAAUUUGUAUAAUUGUAUAUGACUGUUCUGCUCGGUUGAUGAGGUAGUUCUCCCGCUAGAGCGGUAAGCUACACUGUUACAUAAUUUAAUAGAGUCUGUAUUUCAUCCUAUAAAAUCAAGCUCCUCCUUUCUAAUAUGACAUACAUCAUCCAGUCGACUCAAC